AUGAAGGAAGAGAAAAGGGAAGAGAAUGGAGAAGGGAAGAAGAAGAGAGGAGGAGGGGAAGAUAAAGAAAAAAGUGAAGAAGGGACGAAGAAUAAAGAAGAGAAGAAGGAAGACUCCAAAAAAGAAGCAAAUAGAGAAGCAAGACAAGAAAAAGGAUUAGAAGACAAAAAUAAAGAGAAGAAAGGACUUUUAGAUGAAAAUAAGGACAAAAAGGAAUUGGGACAAAAUGUCACAGUUAAAAAUGCAAUUAAUGAAGAAAAUAAGAAUUUAAAUAAAAUUGAACAAAAAAUGGAAAAAAGAAGAGAAAAAAUUGCUGAGGAAGAAGAACAGGAAAAUGGGGGAGAGGAAGAAAUUGAGGCUAAUAAUGAUUGGAGUUUGUUGGUUAAAGGAAGGGGAAGAAGAGCCCUAACAUCACUACAAUUAUCACCUUCUACCUCCUCUCUCCAAAACCACAAAAUAGAAGUAGAUGUGGCAUCCCCCCAAAUGCUUGUAUUAGAUAAUGAAGAUUAUGCCCGUAUUAGUAAAUUAAAGGAAGAAAAGACCAACAAUUUAAUAAAAAAUUUUGAAGAAAAAAAUGUAGUAAAGGAAAAUUAUUGUGUUGGAACAGACCAUUUAAUUGUUGGAAUAUUGACGGUUUUGGGGGUUAUGUUAGCUGCUUAUGGAGCUUUUUGGAUUUUAGAGAAGCGAUGGAAAAGGAAAAAUGUUGAGGAAAUAUUUUAUUUGGGUGGAAAGUUGAUUUGUCGGUGA